GGCAUCCCAGCCGCUGGGCAGCUGUGGUGGCCGGUGGGCAGGCGGCUCCCGCUAUUGUUGAAGUUGGGCCGCAGCAGCAGCAGCAGCGGAGCCGGGAGGGCGGGCUGAGCUGGAUCCACUGCCUCGGCCCUGCUCUUCUUGCCCCUUGCCCCCCACCUCUGGGGGCCUCUUUUCCUUAGAGCACCCCUUCCCCUGCCUCCCGCUGCUUUUUUCCUGUGAAUAUGUACAUUUCAGGGUGUUUCUGAUGGUAAUGAAGUGUUUGGAAAGAAGAGUGCUUUGGGGGAACAGGGCCAGGAGAGCGAGGGGCAGAGCUGGCACUUACCUGGCCUGUACUUGAGAACUUACGGUAGGAGUUGGUGGUGGGCUUGGAGGGGCGGCAGAUGAGGCUUCGAGGAUGUGCACCAGUUCCCCCGAGCCUUGAGACCCGGCUGGGGAAGAUCCCCUAGAAGGCAUGAGCAGGGCCCCCAGGGACCCACUGAAUGAUCUUGGUGAGUCCAAGAGCUGCCUUUGCUCCCCUGCAGACCCUUCCCCACCUCCAGUGAAGGGGCUGGCAGCUGCCCCUCCCCAGCAGGAAGGAAAGCCCUGGUGACCCCAGUCACCGAGUCUGUUCUCCUCAGGACUCCAGUCCUUUCCUCCUUCCCCCCUCCCAUUGCCUGGACUCGGGAAGGAAGCUCCAGGGCUCCCAGUUCAGCCUGAGUGGGGCAGAGGAUGAGGAGGGGCCCAAGGAUGUGGCACCUGCUUUCCAGCCUGGGUACCAGGUGGGAAGGGAUGGCCUUGGGGAGGGGUGUAGCAGCCCUUCUUCCCCUCGUGGGCCUUUCAGGGCUGUGUUAUGUGCUGGGCCAGUGUCCUCACUGCCAUCAGGUGGGCCCUUGGUCCUGCAGGGCAGAGCUGGUGGCAUGAUUUGAAUUUGAAGCCCAACUCCGAACGCAGCCUGGUGGGGACAGCCCUGGCAGCGUGGACCCCUGUGCUCUCCCUAGACAGGGAUUCAGUCACUGACUUCAAGCACAGAACAAAGAGGCUGAGGCCUGGGUGGGGAGGCCAGGAAGGUGGAACCCAGCUUUAAACCCACUCCUCAUUCCUGUGGCCUGGACCUCGCAGCCAGCUGGGCUGAAGCCUGUCUAGGGCAGAGGUAGCCCAGAAGGUGCUGGCCUUAGGGCGGCCACUUGGGGACAGUAUCCGACCUGUUCCAAAAGGGGCCCUGGGAACCCCAGUGGACAGGUAGGCACCGCCAGGGAGAGGGGCUGGGAAGUGGGGUGUGGCCAGGUGUUUGGGUCACUCCUUUCCAUGAAUUCAGCUUCCCUCUGCAGACCCGAGCCUCACUCCCCAGCGUCAGCCUGCAGAGGUGAGGCGGAGACGCUGGAGGAGCUGGGAGCCCACCCCACUACCUGCCGGGCCUCCCUCCCCGGCAGAGCUGUGCAGAGUGCUUCUGAAGCGCUGAUCAAAGGCCUGGGAGAAGUGGGAAGGAGCUCUCGAGUCAGGCUCCCUGGGGCGGUGUGAGUGUGUAUCCUGUAACCAGGCAACCAGGGUGCUCAGGGGCCUCGGGCUGCUGCCCCUGGUGCUGCAGGCUGCGUGGGGCCCAGCCUGGCACGGUGUAUCAGGGCCAGCAGCAUGCACUCGCUGUCCAUCCACUGUCCCUUCUUGUGGUCGUCCACUCGUUCAGCAGCUCUGGGAAGGAGGCACCAGGAUUUGAGUGAGGAUUCUUAGAAUAAAACAAUUUCUACCCUAAAGGAGCCUUGCAGCUAGAUGCUCAGGGUGCUGUGCUAGGUGGAUGGGCCAGGGGCUGAGCCAGGGUCAGCGUGCAGGGGCACUCAUGCCUUCAAGUGUCCUGGGCAGGAGCCAGAAAUGACCGGGCUCUAGGCACUUUCUGGGGACUACCUAGGCCCACUAUGACCCUGCCUGCGAAGUCUCUGAUGAAUCCAUGACUGAUUAUGGCUAGCGAAGGGGCAGGGCCUUGGGUUUGUGGCCCAGGCCCCCCGCUGGCCUCCCCUGCUUUGCACUGGGGCACCCUGUAGGUCCUUUCUGUUUGCCAGUGAGAACGGCAUCGGGGAUGCCCGGGGAACAGGCCUGUCAGGCUUCUGGACCUGUUGGAAGGAGCAGGCAUCCCAGGCAGAGCUCCGUCCCAUGGGGGAGGGGCCCCUGGAAGACGAGUCCAUUCAGUAGCUCGUGUAGGUGGCUGUGGCCACCCCUCAAGGUGUCUGGUAGGGUUGGUAUCAGGAUGAGAAGAGGGUGAGGGAAAACUUUUGCGGACAAGAAUGGUGGCACCAACACCAAGAGCCUGGCCUGGCUCCCAGAACAGGACCAGGGCAAUUUGACCAGGGUCUCCCUGUCUUUGGAGACCAUGUGGCUGGAGCCCCGGCAGCAAUGGCCUGUGCAGUGGCUACCAUGGGAGGCUCUGGGUCUCCACAGCCUGCUUUCAACCAGCACCACCAUUUACCAGAUGAGACUGUGUCGUGCCUCACUUUCCCCACCUGUAAAUGGGGAUCUACCGGAGGUGCUGGCUGGUGUUCCGGAAAUCCUCCAGCAAGGGGCCCCAGCGGCUGGAGAAGUAUCCGGAUGAGAAGUCUGUGUGCCUCAGAGGCUGCCCCAAGGUGACAGAGAUCAGCAAUGUGAAGUGUGUCACACGGCUCCCCAAGGAGACCAAGAGGCAGGCAGUGGCGAUCAUAUUCACCGACGACUCCGCGCGCACCUUCACCUGCGACUCAGAGCUGGAGGCAGAAGAAUGGUACAAGACACUGUCUGUGGAGUGUCUGGGGUCACGGCUCAAUGACAUCAGUCUGGGAGAGCCUGACCUCCUGGCCCCAGGGGUGCAGUGCGAGCAGACAGAUCGCUUCAACGUCUUCCUGUUGCCCUGCCCCAACCUCGAUGUGUACGGCGAGUGCAAGCUGCAGAUCACCCACGAAAACAUCUACCUCUGGGACACACACAACCCCCGCGUGAAGCUCGUCUCGUGGCCCCUCUGCUCGUUGCGCCGCUAUGGCCGGGAUGCCACACGCUUUACCUUCGAGGCUGGCCGGAUGUGUGACGCUGGGGAAGGGCUCUACACCUUUCAGACACAGGAGGGGGAGCAGAUAUACCAGCGGGUCCACAGUGCCACCCUGGCCAUCGCCGAGCAGCACAAGCGGGUCCUGCUGGAGAUGGAGAAGAAUGUGAGGCUGCUGAACAAGGGCACUGAACACUACUCAUAUCCCUGCACACCCACUACCAUGCUGCCCCGCAGUGCCUACUGGCACCACAUCACGGGUUCCCAGAACAUAGCCGAAGCCUCCAGCUAUGCAGGUGAGGGGUAUGGGGCAGCCCAGGCCAGCUCAGAAACGGACCUUCUCGACAGAUUCAUCCUGCUAAAGCCAAAGCCCAGCCAGGGGGACAGCAGCGAGGCAAAGACCCCUUCCCAGUGACAGCAGGGCUGGCAGGCACCAAUGACUGUUGGGGGCUGCCUGUUGCAGGACAGACUACAGCCUACUGUGGAUGGCCUCAAGAGGCUGUUGGCCAAGACCUGGAGAAAGGGAGCAAGCUGUUCCCUCCCUGACCCCGAGGGUGAGGCUGGACCAAGGCAAAGCGCUGGCCACACCGCCUGAGCAUGUGAGGGGCCGGAGCCACCAUGGACUAUAUCCUGUUGAUGAUUUUAAUAUUUAUGGCUUAUGACAUAUUCUAUAUUAAGAUUUUCCCCCUGUCCCUUCCCGCCAACACAUACAUUUUUAAUCCCAUGACCAGGCCAUGGUCAAGGCUGUUAUAAAGAUUAUGAGGGCAGCUGUUUGCCUGUCCUUUGUGGUACAGCCCUCCUGCUGCCAGGACCUGCUUGAAUUGCCAGGGCCAGAGGAGGGGGACAAUCAGAACUCAAGGCUGGCAUUGCUUGCUGACUUCCCAAGCAGCCUAGUGGCCAAGACAGCAGGUGGCUUCUCUGUUCCUUUGGGCCUGUAGUGGCACAGGAAGGAUCCGAACUUCCAGAAUGCCACUUAGCAGCCUUGCACUUGGAGUUUUAAGCAGAGGUGACAUCUGGUUGAUGCCUCAGGUGAAAAAUCUGGUUUUAAAAUGUAAUUUCUGCACAGGCUCCUUCCUGCUUAGCAGGAUGAGAAGAGGUCCUCAGGGUAGGGGUGCUUAUUACCUCAGCCAGGUGGAGGAUGGCUGGGGCCCGUUCCUGCCCCAGGGCCAGGCCAGGCCAGGCGGCUGCGGCAGGACUGCUGUGGGGAGCACCCCUGCUGCCCUCUCAUUGACUGGGGUACAGUGCCCCAGGAGAGGGAGACCCUCUGCCAUGGGUUUGGCCACCCUAUGCCAGAGCACUCAAACCACCACUUCCCCAUUUCUCUUCCCCACAUGGUGCUGAGGCUCCCUGCUGAAAUGCAAUUAAAGCAAUUGAUUUUC